AUGGUUGAGGCAUCUCAAGGGCUCGUGGAGGCUCGAUCUCUGUGUAACUUCGGAAAAUACAAGGUCGAAUUUAAUCUCAAAGGCGUCCCCGUAGUGAGUCAAUUCGUCCCACGCCACUCUGAGAUGCAACAGCUCAAGGAAUUCUUCCUACACGAAUCGCCCAUAACCGAACGACCAAAAAUAUUCACUAUCUAUGGCCUUGGCGGUAUAGGUAAGACACAAUCGCAGUUGAGUUUGCACGGGAGCACUGGCGUAGACUCAGCGGGAUAUUUUGGUCUGCAGCAGUCAUUUCUAGGUAUGGCGCAAAGGCUACCACAGGACGAACUGGCAGCAGACGGCGUGGAGGUGCUCAAGCAAUCUAUCCUCGAUAUCAACGUGGGGGUGCGUGAGUGUCUCCGGUGGUUAUCGCUCCCCGUAAAUCAUCACUCGCUCUUGAUCUUCGACAACGUUGAUCCGUACGAUGUAAAAGACUAUUUUCCUCCUGUCAACCGCGGGUCAAUUCUUAUUACGAGUCGGCUAGCAAACCUUCAGGAGCACGGAGUCAACGGGCUGGGACUCAAGGUAGGAACGGUCACUGCAGAGCAAGCAAGAGAUAUUCUGGAAAACAAUGUUGGAAAGGGGGUUAAGGACGCGGACAUGAUUCUUGAGCGUCUUCACGGCCUGCCUCUGGCUCUCACCCAAGCUGGUUUGUAUAUGCGACAGACGAACAUGUCCGCAUUAAGCUACGCGACGCACUACGAUAGCACCUGGGAGCAUCUCAUGAAUAAGCAGGGGCGGAUUCCACUACAAGAAUACGGCGACUGGAGUAUCUUAACGACAUGGACCAUGUCGUACGAGCAGGUCGAGAAGCAGAGCAAGGAAGCUGCUUGCCUGCUCAAGCUUUGGGGAUACCUAGAUUGCGGAGAGCUCUGGUAUGAACUGGUUGCGGCCGGCUUAGAUUUAGCAAAAGAGAGAGACAUCCUAAAGUGGCUGCAUAAAAUUGCUAAUGAGUUGGAGUUUGCUAACGCAGUAGAGCUUUUGUCUCGCUACUUGCUUGUUAAUGCAAAGGAAGACACCAAUAGCUACUCAAUGCACUCAGUAUUGCAUAGAUGGUGCCACCAGCUGGCGAGAGGCGAGGGGGGGUACAGCCUUUGUUGCAUAGCGGCAGCGCUAGUCGCGUUAAACGUCGCAUCGGAAUCAGAGGUGCAGCCAUGGACAAAGUGGAAACGAGUGCUGGGCCACGCCAUAAGACAGGCACUGCAGGGAAAGGAGAAGGCAUUAGGUCUAGAGCAUACAUCAACACUUGACACAGACAACAACUUAGGCAACCUCUACAAGAAUCUAGGAAGGCUUGACAAGGCAGAGAAGAUGUAUCAGCGUGCACUGCAAAGGAAGGAGAAGGCAUUAGAUCUAGAACAUACAUCAACACUUGACACAGUCAACAACUUAGGAAUCCUCUACGCGGAUCUAGGGAGGCUUAAUGAAGCAGAGGAGAUUUAUCAGCGUGCACUGCAAGGAAAGGCGAAGGUAUGGGGUCCAGAGCAUACAUCAACACUUGACAUAGUCAAUAACUUAGGCGCCCUCUACAAGAAUCUAGGAAGGCUUGACAAGGCAGAGAAUAUGUUAAUGCGCGCACUGAAAGGAAAGGAGAAGGCAUGGGGUCUAGAGCAUACAUCAACACUUGACACAGCAGAGAAGAUGCUAAUGGGUGGGCUGCAAGGAUACAAGAGGGCAAUCAGUCAGGAAAAUAUCUCGACUUUUAUCCUAGGGUUUUAUACGAAGUGGUCCGUUGCUUCUCUCUUUGACCGACAAGGUAAAAUAGAGGAUGCUAGGACCAUGUAUUCAGAAGCUCUAUCCGACUACAAGCAAUUGGAGAUGAUCGUCCGCGCUGCCAGGCUCUGCGAACCUGAGAACACGCAAAGUGGGGUCUACUCUAGUACUCGGGGUAUCAAUGGGCGUAAGGCUGUGCUCGAUUCCGUAAAUGAACCAAUCAGCGAAAUGCAAUACAGCCUCAAAGCACAACUAGCGAAGCAACGUGUAGUUGAUGACGGGUAUCCAGAGUUACAGGCACAUCACUCGAACAAGGCUAACUCCAUUGUCUUGAUAGGUAAUGUGUUGCAGUCUCAGCUGGUGUCGUGGUAA